AUAUCGUAUGGCCUAACAGACAAAUGUGCAACAUAUCAUCUACUAUUUUUGAACGACGUUCAGGUGGUUUUCCUGGUGUUGUAGGUGCGAUCGAUGGUGUCCAUAUCCAAUGUAAGGCUCCUCCUGGAAAUGCUAAUGAUUAUUACAACAGAAAAGGAUUUCAUUCCAUUAUCUUGCAAGAUAUAGUAACCUGUACGGACAAUUAACAAAUGCGGAAGAUC